GUCUCCAAGGGAGGGGCUUUCUGGAGAGUAAACCGGCGUGGGCAGCGGUUGUGAGGGUGACAAUGGUUGUUGGCGCUUCCGGCGGAUCAAACAAACCACCGUCUGUUGUUCCCAAAGGGGGAAUCUUUCUUCCCUCCCGCGCAUAUGGUUGCUAACUUCUCCGCUAGCCCACCUCCCGAAGCGGUGCUUUCUUGUUGCGCGUUCCGAUGGUUGCUCUGCGGUAAUUGGCAGAUUUAAUUUCCAGAGGUGCGUGUAAUGGCGCUGCGCUUCCGCAACUUGCUGCCCUUCGCCAUCCCCGGGGUGCUGGCACUCAUUGGCUGGUGGUGGUUUUCUUCGCGUAAAAAGGAACGUGUCAGUAAUCAUGACAGGCAAGACCUUCCUGGCUUGGAAGAGCACCAGAAGUGUUCUCUCCAGAGGGAACCAACCCCUUGGAAAGCUGGACAGUUGAACAGUGAAUUUUCUCCACCUCUGCAGGCCAGGCAGCAUCGUGAUUCACCCUUUCAAGAGCUGCAGGUAUCUCUGACAGAAGACAGAGCACAAAGCUUUGAAACAUCAAGAGAAGACCUGCCCGUUGGGGCAAAACCAACCCUCAAACCAGACUCACUUCAGGACAACAGUGGAGAACUGGAAGUGAUGGGGCCCCAAGGUGUGCUUGGAUCCCCUUCAUCUAAGACCUCUCUUCUGGAUGCACGAGGAGUUGAUGGCUUCCAGACUGGUGAGACAGCCAGCGAGGGGAUGCCGGAUUCCAUUCAAGUGGCAAACCAAGUGCCGUUGGCAGCUCCUGGUUCUGAAAAAUUGGGGGACACUCUCAAAGAAGUGGCGGUCCAGAUCAGUUCAUUGGAGAAGUCUUUGAAAGAAGACCAGUGCCCUCCACCCACCUCUGUGGAUUCUUUGCCCAUGACUUGCUCCAAAAAGAUAACUGAAGAAGUUCCGGAUGAGAUCCCUAUGGAUACUGCUGAAAUGGAAGAAGGGAGUGAUGGUAACAGUGGUGAAGUGGAGACUCUGGUUGGAACACUGACCAAGUACGUAGAACCUGGUAGAUCAGAGGCGGUUGAGGAAGGAAUGACGUCCAGUUCAAAGACUGGUAGUAUAUUGAAGCACCAUGGAUUCAGAGAAGUUGGGUAUAAGGGUGGUCUGGAAAAAGAGAGGAUAGGAGCCAUUAGCUUAGACAAACAAGAAGUAGAGAAGAUUGAACAGGUAGCCAUACACAUAAUUUCCAAUGUCAUCCGGGCAGCCACUGAGGAAGUAUUAUCUGGGUCGGUCAGUGACAUGUCAGAGAGAAUAUGCCAAAUAGCAAGCCGGGUGGAUAGUCCUCGGGAGAAGGUGUCCACUGGAGCUGUUGGCCAGGCAGAAUCCAGCCAAGGAGGUGAAUGUGUGAGCGAGAAGGUUGCAACUGUAGAACUGUCUCCCCUACUGGAGGAGAAUGUCAACCGUCAUGCUACGUAUUCAAGUCAUUUGACACAUGGCCGACUGGUCAACCUAAGUCACAGCCGGCUCAGAGACUCCAGUUGUCCUAUGGUGCGGUCUGCUGGCAAUCUGACAGCGGCUACUAACCACGAAGAGGAAUUUGAUGAUGGUCACAUGGUGAUGGAAGAUUCUGGGUGCAGUGCCUGCACCUCAGAAGAUGGGGCUAGUGCUGAGGAUCUCCUGAAAAGUGCUUCAUCUCCACCUUUGGGACAACACCUGGAUCUGUUGAACAUGUCCACCAUCAAAGACUCAGAGAACAAGUCAGUGUCAAGCCAGAAGCCACCUUCCUCCAUGCCAACGGAAAACAGGGUGCCCUACAGCAAUGGCGUGUUGAAGGAGGACUUUCCACAUCUGAGCCACGAACAGCCAUGGCCAGUGGAGGCGGAUACUGACCACUCAGGAGGCUCUGACGUGAACAGCAUGGACUCAGUGGACAGCGGAUGUGCUCUCCGCAAGAAUGACAGCUGCCCGAGUGCUAAGAUGGGAACAGACUCCAAUAAAGCAGAGCUUGUUAUCUGGGAAGUAGAAAUACCAAAGCAUUUAGUGGGGCGGCUGAUAGGCAAACAAGGGAGAUACGUGAGUUUCCUGAAGCAAGUCUCUGGUGCCAAAAUCUACAUUUCCACACUACCUUAUACCCAGGACUUCCAGAUCUGCCAUAUAGAAGGCUCUCAGCAAAAUGUUGACAAAGCACUGACCCUGAUUGGAAAGAAGUUCAAGGAUCUGAGCCUCACCAACAUCUAUGCCCCACCACCCCCACCAUUGCCAUUGCAUUCCCUUCCCAUGACUUCCUGGCUCAUGCUUCCGGAUGGAGUUACGGUAGAAGUGAUUGUGGUUAAUCAAGUCAACGCCGGGCACCUGUUCGUACAACAGCACACGCACCCCACUUUCCACGUCCUUCGUAGCCUAGACCAGCAGAUGUAUCUCUGCUAUUCCCAACCCGGGAUCCCUACGAUGCCGACCCCAGUAGAGGUUGGCGUUGUCUGUGCUGCACCAGGCGUGGAAGGCGCAUGGUGGCGGGCACAAGUGGUUGGCUACUUCAAAGAUACCAGUGAAGUGGAAAUCAGAUAUGUGGAUUAUGGUGGAUAUGAACGAGUCAAGAUUGACACGCUUAGACAAAUCAGAUCUGACUUUGUUACACUGCCAUUCCAAGGAGCUGAGGUCCUUUUGGACAACGUGGUGCCGCUUCCGGAUGAUGAUCACUUUUCAUCUGAAGCUGACACGGCUGUUAGUGAAAUGACCAGGGGCACACCCUUACUUGCACAGGUUACAGGUUAUGACAAUGCAACAGGCUUGCCACUAAUACAACUGUGGAGCAUGAUAGGAGAUGAGUUGGUGUCCAUAAACCGAACAUUGGUGGAAAGAGGGUUUGCACAGUGGGUCGAAAGCUACUAGCAAAGCCCUUAACCCAUCUUCUGGACUGCUCUUUCCUCUUUUUCCCUGUCCCUCUGACUUCCUUUCCUGUUUUUGGCACUGUUUCAAAAUUAGGAUUUUGCAGUCCUUUCUCCCACCCCUUCCCCAUGCACAAAUCAGCCAUUACUUCCACCAGUGAUUUGUGAUGAAUGCAUCUGACAAGACCACAGUUUGUAUCGCAUACCUCAUUUUGUUGAAAGGCAGGGAGUUGUACCAUAAGCCAUUAAACAAAAACAAACUGCAGCUUUAAAACUUGGCUCUUCCCCUUUGGUCAAAUGUCAAGUUAUUAAAAAAAGAGAGACGAGAGCGAAGAGGGUUGUGCCCAUUUGGCCGUGCAUGGUUUAAAGCGUGUGUUGAACGUAUCUCAAUUUCCUAAAGUGACUGCUGCCUUGACAUUAAACUGACUUGAAAUUUAGGAGAUAAAAUUGAUUCAGGCCACCAGAACCCCCCCCCCCGCCCCUUGAUGAAAUAUUUGAAGCUUGGGAGAUAUUGGCAUUUCCAUGUUUCUAACAACAGAGGUAGCUGCCUUCCCUUUGAUUCUAGGUAAGGCCACAGGCUCCUUGUGAGAUUGUAACUUCAUUUUUAAUUAAGGCUUGGUUUGUGCGAGAAACAAGAAUCCAUCCGUUUUGCAGACCACCUUAAACAAUGAGCUUAACUUUCAACCACUACAGCUGCCGCGUUUUUUAAUUCCCAAUCAUGUCGAACCCACGAAGAAAAGACAAAUUGAGCACCAAACCUGAUUGUAAGACAUAACUGUUUUCUAGCUGUUUGAAAAAACCUAUGUAAAUAUAUAUAAAAAUCAUUGUAAUAUUUUGUACAAGAGGAAAAAAAAAUACCGGAGAAUUAAAAAGGGAACUUCAAACAAAAUCAUUUUUUUUUCCAUAUCAAAACGUCCUCUGUAGGGAGAAAUAGUUGGGGUGUGUCAGUACACAGCUAAACCCUAGAAAGUGAAAGUUUUUCUGACCUUUGUAUAGCAUGGUUCUUUCCCUCUGCUUGCUGUAUGGUAGGAAGAGUAAUCAGCAAAUUCUUGUUGCUUUUUUGCUGUACAGAUCUGACUGAAAGGGGAAAAACAAGUAACAUUUGGAAUUAAUAUUGCAGUGGCGUCUUUUUUUUUUUUUUUGCUCCUUUUUAGAUUGGUUUCAAAUGUGGAAUUAAAAAAAAAUCAAGUAAUUUAAGCUAAUUUAAUAUUAUUAAAAUAUAAAUGAAUUUAAAACAUGGUUGUUGAGUUGGGCGUUAUUAUCGAAGGGAGAGAACGUAAAAUUGUCUUGUAUGUAUGUCAACUCUAUUACAGAUUUUUCGAAGUGUCAGUCUUAUACGGAACAUGGAGUGUAUGGCAAAAUCUUCUUCCUCAAAAGCUGUAGAAAAAAAAAAAUAUUGUGUGAACCAGUCAACCUUUAAGAUUUUCAGCAAUUAAAUGCCUCUAAAUGUGAGGGACUAGUGUCAUGGA